CGGCGAGUCCCUAAACUUCCACUAACAGGGACCACCUCUCAAAUGUCCACAUCCACAACCGGAUACCUCGUUAGCAAAUCUUCAAAUCAAUACUGUACAUGCUAACAUAAUAAACAUAACUCACGUAAUACAUCUCGGUCCCACACAAAGCGUCCGGCUACUUAAUCAUGCAUGUCAUCGGGGUAUAAAAAUUGACACGCUCUACUAUCAAAAGUUGGCAUUUUUUCUAUACUAGAACUAUGAUGAAAGUUCAUCCACGGCUGCCCUUGCCAUUAUCAUCUUUUUCGUGGAAUUAGCGGUUGAAGACACAAACUCGAUCGAGAGCUAAGUAGCGGUUGAAAACACAAACUCGAUCGAGGCAGAUCUGAUUGUUACCCGGAGUUUUCUGGCCCGUCACAAAUCUCAAAGUCAAACUCGCCGCUUGCCAUGUUGGAGAUCACCGGAACAUAGCUUAGGGAUAGAGCGGAGCGGAGCGGAUGGGGUUUCAUCCGGGAUACAGAUAGCAGAUUUGGGUAAGCCAGCGUGGGUCGGACCUGACAUGACGGCCGUGUCCAGGCACAUCUGGUUUUCAUCAUAUCUGUAUCUAUAUCAGGUAUUGAAUGGAUGUGAAAGGGGUGGAUCGAACGGAUACAAAGAAUGCGGCUAGGUUGUUAAUUUUGUGAUCGGUUAGUGACAAAAGUGAGCACGCCAAGAGCCUGAUUCAUUACUGCUCGGGAGUAAAAAAAAAACAGCGCAGGGCUCAUGGAGAUGGAAGGAAACCAAAUCCAGAUCUCACCCAUGGGGUCCGCGCCGUCGAGGUCGUCCCCCCGGCAGUGGAGCUGGGGCUCGGCACUCGCCGGCGCCGUCACCACGGCGGCGGCGGCGGGCGUGCUGGUCUGUAGGCCGAGGGACCCGAGCUUCGAGCUCAUCUCCAUGAACCUGUCCACCUUCCACUUCCGGCCGCCGGCGGCGCUGGACAUCGGCCUCACCCUCACCGUCCACGCCACCAACCCCAACGUGGUGCCCGUGCGCUACGGCGCCUCCAACGUCUCCAUCCUCUACGGGGGCACGCUCCUCGGCACCGCGCGCCUCGACGCCGGCCAGCAGCCCGCCACGUCGUGCCGCCUGCUCCACCUCCCGGCCCGGCUCAACGCCAUGGAGCUCGCCCACCACGCCGGCGCUAUCCUCGCGGACGCCACGCGCCGGCACAUGGAGCUGGACGCCGUCGUGGAGAUCGCGGGCGAAGCGGCCGUGCUGCUCUGGUCGCGCCGCUUCUCCGUCCGCAUCGACAGCCACAUCGUCGUCGACCCCGUCUUCCUCGAGGUCGUGGAGCAGGACAACCGCUCCGAGAUGCAGCUCUACCUGACCUGAGUUAGCUGCUAUGUGUAUCACCACCUGAACCCUCACUCAAAACCUUAUUCGCCUGUUUGUGCGAUGAGAUGCAAUGCAACUCUCCCAAAUUCCAAGCAAUGAAAUGCAAUGCAGUCUACCAAA